GGGUUCUGAAUAACAUUUCAGAAAAGGGGGAAAUCGAGAAAAAAAAAAGACCCAGAAGGGCUGUUAAUCUGUUUCAAGGACGCGCGAGUGCAGCUGGAGUUCUUUGAUGCUCAAGAUCUUGACAAAAAAAAAGGUGAGGACUGAGAUUCUGAAGGAAAUUAGCAGCAGGUUUGGCGUAAGAAACUCCCUUGCAGUUCUCCAUCGCUGACACGUUGUGUUUAGUCAUCAGGAUGAGACUGUCAAUCAGUCCCAUCUUUGUCAUUUCAGUCACAAGCUGGCUAACAGACUCAGCCGCUGUCCAAAGUAUGAAAGGGGAUUUCGGGCCAGUAUUUGAAGAGCAGCCAAGAAACACCCUGUAUCCUGAAGGUUCGGCUGAAGGGAGGGUGACAUUGAGUUGCCACGUACGAGCAAGUCCGCACCCUAAAUAUAGGUGGAAGGUGAAUGGGACAGAUGUUAACAUUGAAAGGGAUAGUCGUUACAGUCUGGUUGGAGGGAAUCUGGUGAUUAGCAACCCAACACGGUCCAAAGAUCCUGGAUCCUAUCAGUGCCUGGCAACUAACUCAAUUGGGACCGUCAUAAGCAAAGAGGCUUUCCUUCGCUUUGGCUAUCUUUCGCAGUUUUCAACAGAAGAGAGGGACCCGGUAAAAGUGCCUGAAGGGACAGGGGUGAUGCUUCCUUGCAACGCACCCCCACAUUAUCCAGGCCCCACAUACCGUUGGUUUAUCAGUGAAAUCCCAAACUUCAUAAUGCCAGACGACCGUCACUUCAUCUCGCAGGUGACAGGGAAUCUCUACAUGGCCAAAGUAAAAACUUCAGAUGCUGGCAUUUACUCCUGUUAUCUCACCAGUCACAUUGACUAUGCUACAACCAGCGUCUUCAGCAAGCCCAUUCCUCUAACUGUGCAGUUUGUGGGUGACACGAGGACUCAUUCUCCACACAUACGGGUGAAGUUUCCCUCGGAAACCUAUGCGCUGGCUGGACAGUCACUGAACCUGGAGUGCUUUGCCUUUGGAAAUCCUGUGCCUACCAUUAAAUGGAGGAAGCUUGAUGGGUCACUUCCAUCCAAGAGCUUGCAAUCCAUGAACAAGCCUAUCCUGCACAUUCCCGAUGUACAGUUUGAAGAUGAAGGCGUGUAUGAAUGUGAGGCAGAAAACUCAAGAGGAAAAGAUUCAACACAAGGGAGAAUCAUUGUUCAUGCUCACCCGGAAUGGCUUCAGAUUAUCAGUGACACCGAGGCUGACGUCGGCUCCAACCUGUGGUGGAAAUGUGCAGCUGCUGGGAAGCCUCGGCCCACAUGCAGGUGGCUGAGAAAUGGUCUCCUGAUAAAUUCUAAGAGCCGCACUGAAGUCAGCAAUUGCGCGCUGAAAAUUUCAAGACUAGUUAAGGAUGAUUCCGGAAUGUACCAGUGCGUUGCUGAGAACAAACAUGGAACCAUUUAUGCCAACGCGGAGUUGAAGGUUCAAGCUUUUGCUCCGGAUUUUCAGUUAAAGCCGGUGAAGCGGCUAAUCCCAGCGGCCCGGGGAGGGGAGGUCCUGAUCGAGUGCAGGCCCCGAGCAGCACCCAAACCAAGCAUCUUCUGGACUAAAGGGACGGAGAUUCUUUCCAACAACACAAGGAUGACCAUAUUCCCAGACGGUGCCCUGAGGAUUCAGAAUAUAAGCCGAACGGACGAAGGAAAAUACACCUGUUUUGCGGAGAAUUACAAGGGAAAAGCAAACAGCACAGGCACUGUGUCAGUCAGAGACGCCACAAAAAUUACCCUAGCUCCAUCCAAUGCUGAUAUCAACCUUGGUGAAGACAUCAUACUGCAGUGCCAUGCAAGCCAUGAUCCGACCAUGGACCUGACAUUCACCUGGGUGGUCAACGAGUCUCCUAUAGACUUUGACAUAAUGGGGGGGUACUACCAACGCGUUUCCAUGCGGGAAACCAUUGGAGACCUGAAGAUAACCAAUGUGCAGCUGAAACACUCUGGAAUAUACACAUGCACUGCCCAGACUGUAGUGGACAGCACCUCUGCAUCUGCAAAGCUGGUUGUGAGAGGUCCACCUGGCUCUCCAGGAGGUGUUGUGGUGAAAGAAAUCAACGACAGUUCAGUGCUGAUAAGUUGGAGCAGAGGCUACGAUAACCACAGCCCAAUCGGCAAGUACAUAAUACAAGCCAGGACAUCGCUGUCUGACGAAUGGAAGAAUGUCAGGACAGUUCCACAACACGUAGAAGGCAAUGCGGAGACAGCCUGGGUAAUCAACCUCACUCCAUGGAUGGAUUAUGAAUUCCGAGUCAUUGCGAAGAACAUCUUGGGAACUGGCGAUCCCAGCCUUCCCUCGCAAACCAUACGCACCAGAGAGGCUGCUCCCACAGUUGCUCCAUCAAACAUCAGCGGCGGAGGUGGAGAUCAGCAUGAGGUCACAAUGCUGUGGGCGCCUGUGCCACGCGAGUACCAGAACGGUGAGGGUUUUGGUUACAUCAUCACCUUCCGAAGGGAGGGGACAAAGGAUUGGAGAAACGCAAAGGUCCUGGGCUCUGAAUCCUCACGGUACGUUUACCGGAAUGAUACAAUUGAAUCCUACAGUCGAUUUGAAGUGAAAGUGAAGGCCUUUAACAACAAGGGUCAGGGGCCAUACAGCCAGACUGCAAUCGUCUACUCUGCAGAGGAAGAACCAAGUGUUGCCCCCUCUCAGGUGUCAGCAAGAAGCCUCUCUGCCUCUGAGAUCGAGGUGAGCUGGAGUCCAGUUGAGCAGAUCACCAUGAACGGCAUACUGCUGGGCUACGAGAUCAGGUACUGGAGGGAGAAUGACAAGGAGGCUUCAGCUGAUCGAGUCAGAACCCCUGGACUCGAGUUGUCAGCCCGUGUCCCUGGGUUGAAGCCGAGCACUCUAUACCACGUGGAAGUCAGGGCCUAUAACAGCGCUGGGAGUGGUCCUUCCAGUCCCUCCACAACUGUCACCACCAAGAAAGCACCUCCAAACCGCUCACCGGGUAAAGUUUCCUGGAAAUCAGUCGGCUCCUGGGUCAGAAUCAAAUGGGAUCACGUCAAGGCCUUUGAAAAUGAAUCUGCUGUAGAGGGAUACAAGAUUCUGUACAAGGCUGAAGAUCAGUCGGACAUUAAAGUAAUAGAAACCAGUAAAAACUCUGUGCAAAUCCCGUUUACCAAUGACAUGAGCUACCUGGUGAUGAUUCGAGCCUCUGGAGAAGGAGGGGAUGGAGCAGCCACAAGGAUCCGAAUAUCAAAGAGCUCAGGCACCAGCAUGAUGGUGAACAACUCAGGGGUACAAGUCCUCCACAACAUCUUCUUCACUGCCAUACUAACACUUACUGCCAUUGGCUGCCUGGAGCUCUGACUGCAACCACUCACCUGCAUCAUUGCUGCACGCCAUUUCCCAAGGAAGGAUGAGUCAUCCAACACCAAACUGUUUAUAGUAUUAAAAAAAAUGUGACAUUUGUCUUACGAUUUUAGGUAGAAAAUUUCAUACAUUUGGUGACUGGGGAAAAUCUUACUAAAGAAACGUUUAAAAAAAAAACUUUUUUUUGUAAAAAAAAAUCCGUGUGGAAAGCAUCAACAAAAUGUUUUAAUAAUCUAUUAGGUCUGAAGGUAGUACCCUGGGAAGUUAAAUUGGAAAAUAAUAUUCCCAGAGACUGAGCUGUAUAGAACAAUCUUUUCUUUAUACUAUGCACAGCACUGUACAUUUGUAUAUACAAUGCACAAUCCAAGCAAGAGUUCUUGGUUACAGGGCUUAUAAGGCCCAAGUAGAUUUCAUGAGGUACCAGCUACUUUGUAGAAUGUGUUCCAUUCAUGAAGUUUCAAAUCUCACUUCUUUUUUGGCUCUUGGUCUUGAAGGUUCCAGGGUUUCUCUCCCAUUCAUUUAGCCAGUGAACCUACUUGAAUGACAUUUUCUUCCCACAGCAGACCCACACACCCCCAUCCCAUGCAAAGCAUUAAAUUAUGAGGAGAGCUUACAAAGAUUUGGGUGGAAUCAACCGGAAUUUAGACGGUUAAGGGGUGAUCUGAUUGAUGUUUUCAAAUUAUUAAGAGGAACAGAUAAUGGUAAAUGGAGAGAAGCUAUUUCUACUGGCUGGGCAGUCUGGGACUAAGGGGUGUAGUCUAAAAAAUUGGAGCCAAACCUUUCAUCAGUAUAAUUAGGAAAGUUUGUAACUCUCCAACGAAAACAGCAAUUAAUACUAGAUCAAUUGUUAAUUUUAAAACUGAGAUUGAUAAAAUUUUGUUACCUAAAGGCGUUAAAGGAUUUAAGGCUAAGGUGAAUACAUGAAGUUAGAUCGCAGAUCUACCAUGAUCUCACUGAAUGGCAGGAACAGGCUUGUUCCUGUAAUGGCCUCCUCCAGUUCCUAUGUUCCCAUGUUCCAUGUUUCUAUGUCCUAUGUUCCUUUAUUUGAAACUCCACUUGACAGGGCAAAAACAAAAAUACCUGGAAAAACUCAGUAGGUCUGACAGCAUCUGUGGAGAGGAGCACAGUUAAUGUUUCGAGUCCUAAUGACUCUUGACAGGGUUUUGCUUCUGAGCCCAUUAAGCUAACAUCUCUGGUUGGCAUGGUGAGUGAGCACCAAUAGAGGGGCAGUUUGAAUUGACUAUUCCAUUCAGCUUGAUCUUUGAGGAAAUGCUGGAUAUUCCUAUGAGUCAGUCAAGACAUCCCUGCCAAGGGCAGAUCUGGGAGGUCUCUGUAGGUCCUACCUGGACCAGCAAUAUUGAAUGGGGGAAACGCUAAUUUCUGUUAUGUGGGGGUAUUAAGGGUUACAGAACUAAAAAGGUAGAGGGAGUUAAGUUACAGAUCAACCAGGACCUUACUGAAUGGCGGAACAUACUUGAGGGACUGAGUGGCCUCCUCAUGUGCCUGUGUUUCCAUUUCUUCCUGUGUGCUGGAAUGUUACAGCCACUCCUGACUUGAAAACUUGAGGAGCCAGACACAGAGAUCACAGAAUUGGCUAUGUCAAUAAACCUAACACCUUUAACUCUUCCAUACAGAAUCAAAGUCAUUCAUUUAUCAUAUUUAUUGACCCCCUGAUACUCACUUUUCUUUGGACAAGUAUCGUUGGGGAAAUAUUCCGAUUGUUAAAGUAGUAGAGAAAAAAUGAGAAUGUAUUAGUCUGUAACUGAGUGCAGGUGACCUGAGUCAAGGUCACCCAGUUCAAAGCUGCCUAGACACAACUACAGCUUAAAGUAGCAAUAUUGUAAGUCAAUCGCAUCAUGAAGAGAGUUUUUUUGUUUCAGAUUAAAUCACACCACGAUUUUGACAUCACCUGAUGUCCUUUGGGCCACACACACCCACCUUCAUUCAAAAUGGAGGGUAGCUUAGCAACCAAUCAAAGGUUGAUGAUCAAGAUGUGCUUUGACUGGGUAGCAAGUCGAAUAAUAUUGUUAGUACUGCAAUGAUCAGAUGUUGGCCAGCCUUGUAGUUUAUUGGCUGUUGAUGCCCAUUUGGUUCCACCUGUGGAAUUGGUUGUCACUGGGGAAGGGCGGGAAAGGGAAAGGUUAAGGUUGAUCAAGGUAGGGUUGGGUUGGGCAGGAUAGGGUAAGGUGAGUUAAGGUAAGGUAGGAAGGAGAAGGAUAGGGUUGAGGAAUCUGAAGUACAGUUGAGUAGGGAAGAGGCUGGUGAUUGCUCUGUGAGAAUGGAAGAAUAUUGUAGUUAAGUUUAGCCUGUAGUAGUAAGAGUGGGAUGCGGUUAGGUAAUAGAGGCAGUUUGUAGCACUGAGGUAGGUUUGAUUAUCGGUUUGUACAGGAUGAGGUUAAAGUUCAACGCUUUCCCUGAUGGAAAGGUGAUUAAUAUGUUUAAUUUAUUUUAUUUAAUUAUAUAUUAAAUUUGUUUUGGAGGCACAGGAUCCAAGUUUUUGGGAUGAUGGUUCAAUAUUUAAAAGACUUGAGACUGUCAGAGUGCAGGGCCAUGGCCAGUUUUGCUAGCUGGACUCCCAAUACAAUCCAACCAGAAUCCCAAGCACCAGGAGUUAAGUGCAUGGUGGGGGUGAGUGUUAAAAAUUAUUGAAUGGGUUGUUUUGCAAGGUCAAUUAUAAUGGAGGAAAGAGUGAUGCUGUUCAGUGGGUGACAUUCACAAUGACGCUGUGCCUAUCUUGGGAACAUAAAAGAGAACUGCUCUUCACUAUUAUAAAUGGCCAGAAUUCACGAGCAACCAACGGAAGCCACUUCCAGGUAACCGGGAGUUCCGAGGAAGCGUGCUGUAAGCCGUGUGAUGCUCUAUUCCCAUCUCGUCCACAGUGGAUGAAGUUGUAAAGACAUUUGGAGAGUCGGAAGGAUUACACUUUCAGUUUCACUCAACGGAAGCAACGGGAAAGUUAAUGACCAGAAAUUUAGGAGCUGCUCUCCCUGCCUCAUUUUCCAAGCUUCUGUCAAGUGAGGCUCCACACUGAGAGCAGGGUCUCCUGACCAUUUAUCUCUCAAGUUUCUUGCAAUCCAUCCUCCAGUUGGAGUUCCUCUUGCUGACUAGCUAACAAUGAUAGCGUGUGAGCAAGACAGAAACUGACAGGUUGGGUUGGGCAGGAUAGGGUAAGGUGAGUUAAGGUAAGGUAGGAAGGAGAAGGAUAGGGUUGAGGAAAUUGAAGUUGAGUAGGGAAGGGGCUGGUGAUUGUUCUGUGAGAAUGGAGGAAUGUUGUAGCAAUCUAAACUGAAGCAAUCUGACUAUAACUAGGUUAUAACUAAAGGAAAAAGGCUGGAGAGGGAGAACAAUUUGCACUGAGCUGUAUACUGAAAGGAAGAGGGAAGCUGAAAAUAUUAAGCCCUCGUUUUCAUUGUUGCAUCAGACAUGCUAAAUGAAGAGACACUCAAAACAAUUUCCCUUUAUGAGCCAGACAUAACCCAGUGUAUUAUCAGACUGGAACGCCUUAGGGGUUAAUUCCCAAUUCUGUGUUGAGUUAGCAAAUCUCAACUACAGGGUGGGUAGAGGGUGUUACAUAUGCAUCAAAGGACCUGGGAUAGAGAGGGAAAAUCAUCCAAGAUGCACACUCCGGAUCACUAGUCAUUAACUGCUGGAAAAUGAAGGAGGGUAGAACUGAACUCUGCAUUUACACAGCUCGCUAAAGCUGCCUAAGCGGAUUGAGGAGAUAAGGUACCUAGAGGAUUUAUAACACCAGUGGACUCCAGCAUGAGACAGAGUCUUAGAGACACAGGCAGAAGCGUGGACAGAGCUCAAUGAUCCUUCACGUCCCAUAAGCAACCACCUCUCCCCCACCUGCCCCAGACAUGCAUAUACACACAUUCAUUUACCAUCGGAACAAAAUUUGAAAAACAUGAUUGUGCUUUAGUUAGUAGUCCGUCAGUGAUAUUCAUGUGUUGGUGUUGAGGGCUAAUUCAGUACUGAUGGCUGUGCUUCCCAAUUGCAUUUAACUCAAGACGUAAAUGUAAAUAUUGUUAUGCCAGGCACAAAGUGUAUUAAUUAAUUCUAUUCCCUGAAGAAACACAAAGAUAGAAAUGAUGUUGUUAGUAUAUGAAUACGUAAUGCAGAGAGGGAAGAAUGAGAUGUGUGUGUUAAGGACAUUGGCUGUAAGCUGUAAUUUUCCAAACUUGUUCUUAGAAGGAAACUUUUUUAAGAGCAUUAAAAACGUGGUAUCAUUAUUACAAUUGUCACUGUGCUGCAAGUAAUGUCACCCUGUGAGAGUCACAUUCGUUUUGGUCCAUUUAUAAAGGGUGGUGAGCCCCUACUGAGUUGUGCCACAGAUCUCUGGUGAUGUUAGCAAUCCAUCUUUCCUGUUAAAUGGACCUUCACAUAGAAUCAAACAGAUAAAGAAGCUAAGAGUGUACAUGUUUGGAGCCGGGGUGACCAUUCCCAUUCAUUUAAUGGAAACUACAGUUCAAAGGCACCAUACCCUACUUUGUGAUACUGAUACAAACAUCCUGCCCUCUCAACAUGGAACCCUACCCACAGGUCUCCUACUCCUGCCUUCUCUCCCAGCAAAAGAAGUUGGGUAGUUAGGUUCUGUGUUGGAACUGUUAUUGGAGCAACAUCUGUGCUUUAGAAAGCCCAAGAGUAAGGAUGUUUGCUUCAUCAUUAGUAUGUUGAGACAUCAAUUUACCCUAUGAACAGUGUUGCCGUGUGAGCAGCGAGCACUGUAUUAUUAGACAUCCUAUCCUUCAGAGAAGGGAUUAAGUUGAGGCCACAUCUGCUUGUGUGCUAGUGGUUUAGGUAAGCAUUAACGAUGCCUUGGCAAUAUUUGAAAUUAAACUGAGAUCAAUAUUCUUUUGAUCUAGGCACGAGCAUGCAGGGAGAUGGAGCUAAGGCAGGUAGAUGGAGCUGGGAUAUAGUUCAGCCAAUAUCUCACUAAAUGGCAGAAUGGGCUCAAGGGGCUGAAUGGUCUAUCCCUGAGCUGAUGUUAUUAUGCUUCAGCUAUGCCAAAAUGGCAGGCUGUAUCUGGUGGUAUUUUAUCAGGUCUUGGGCUGGGGGCCUCACUUGAUGGAAUGUCCCAUGAGAUAAAUGCCAAUCAUAAAGGCUUGGCCUACUACCUUUCACAGUCAUAAGGAACUAUGUAGGCAAUUACCACACCUGUACCUUUGGGAGUUGGGGACUGGUAACUGAUGGAAAUGUGUAAAUAAAUUUGCUAAUUAAGAUGACUGAAAUUUACUUUCUUUAAUUAACGCCUCAUAAUAAAUGGAAAAACAAUAGGAGCCACAUCUGUAGUGUUGACAGGGAGUUCAACAAUUCUAAACGAGAAACAGAAGGUUUCUGUCACCGUUUGAAUGAAUCAUCUUCAUAAGCUCAGAAUAUCAGACACAUUAAUGUACUAUAUUGUAUUUGAUUUAUAAAUAAAGGCCUGGCCUCCACAACCUCUUCCUAAUAAAGUAUUACAAAGACUAA